AUGGCUACCGACGUUCGAACUUUCUUUGAGACAACUCUGGCGGUGUUGGGCCGCCCCAGCGGCAAUGCUGCUGUUUCUGGCGGCGGCGGUGGUGGCGGUGGCGGUAGACGAGGAGGACGAGGAGGUCGAGGGGGAGGAGGAUGCCGAGGGGCUGGUGGCCCACGCCGUAAGCGUGGUGGCAAGAAGAAGAAGGAGGAGGAGAAGAAGGAGAAGAAGCAGGGCAGCGGCCCCAAACCCGCGGGAGUCACCAAGCUCCCAGGCCUGCUGGGGCGUGGCCCCAAUGGGACGUUGUCCCAGAAGCAACGCCGGGGCUUUGCGGCCCUUGGCCUCGUGGCCGAGGCCGACGCCGACGCCAACGCCGAGGCCGACGCCGCCGCCAAGGCCAACGCCGAGGCCAACGCCGACCCCAACAAGGGGGAGAAGAAGAAGAAGUCCGACGAGGAUAAGGAGGAGUCCGACGAGGACAUGGCCGACGGCGACGACGACGAUGAUGAUGAUGUGGUGGUGGCGACCACCCCACGACGAUCGCGGGCCCGUGUGCCCAGCCAGGGUGUGCCCUCCGGGGCCAAACUUCGCUCGGCCGCGAAAAAAUAA